UCCAAGAAGAGAAGUUCCCAAAAAAUCCAAAACGCUUUGCAAAUUGCAGAACGUGCUGAAAAUGGAUACAAUGAUUCAGAAGGAUCUGACAAUGAUGGUGAUGACCUUCAGGUUCAUGAUGGUAUAAUGGAUGCCUCAAGAUUUUUAGGUAAGAAGGGACAAGAAGGCGAUAAUUUUGAUGACGAAGAGCUUGACUCUGAUGAGGCUUUGGGCUCAGACGACGACUUCGAUGUUUUAAAUUCGAAGUUUUCUCAAACCAUCAGAGAUAAAGAAAAGAAGAGAAAACAAAAGGCCAAGCAGAGAAAAAGAGGUCACCAACAGUCAGAAGAAUCCGAGUCGGAAGAAGAAGAAUACAAUAGUGUGGACGAAAGUGAAUUCAUUCCUUUGUCAGAAGCUUGGGAUUUGGAUGACAAAGACGUAUCAAGAUCCAGUAAGUCCAGUAAGAAUCAAGAUAUACAAUUAGACGAUAACUGGGAAACUGAAUCUUCUGAAGAAGAUGAUGAAGAAGACGACGACGAAGAAGAAGAUGAUGACGAUGACGAGUCAGAAGAAGGACCCGAAGCUGAAGAAUCAGACGAAGACAUAUUUAAUACUGCUGAUGAAGGGGAAAACGAUGAUAUAGAUUUAACCAAUACCGUUUCUCGUUUACAAUCACAAUUGAAAAAACCAGCCAAAGAAAGGAAAAGACUUGUUACUGAAACCACCGAAGAAAAUGAAUAUAAUGUUCCAACCAGUGGUAACAAGUUAUCUUUAAAUGAUAUGAUUUCGGCAGUUGACUCAAGUAUUUCCAAAGAUGCAAUUUUAAUCGAUGAAGACCCAGAAAAAUCAAAGGCAUUAGCAGUCCCAUUACCAAAAAACAUCCAAGAAAGACACGAUAGAAAAGUAGCUUACAAUAUUACAAAAGACCAAGUUAGUAAAUGGCAAAAAACCGUUGAAGCUAAUCUUGAUGCCGAAGUUUUGAAAUUUCCAAUGAAUCAAACUUCUCAACCAAAUACUACUGCCAACACUUUCAAACCGGAUGAAGAACCUGCAACUGAACUUGAGUCAAAAAUUCAAAACUUAUUAAAAGAAUCCGCAUUAGCUGAUGAUAAGAAUGAAGCAACUUUUGAAGAAAUUGCUACUGCUAAAUUAUCUAAAGAAGAAAUGAGAAAAAGAACAAACGAGUUGAGAAUGAUGAGAGAAUUAAUGUUCCGUGAUGAAAGAAGAGCUAAGCGUAUUAAGAAAAUUAAAUCUAAACAAUAUCAUAAAAUAAAAAAGAAGGAAAGGCUCAGAAAUCAAGAAUUAGUAGAAGGUUCUGAUAUGGAGAGUGACCCUGAAGAUCAUGACAUGAAACGUGCUGAAGAAAGAAUGAACUUGAAACAUAAAACUCAGUCUAAAUGGGCACAAUCAAUGAUCAAGACUGGUCUUUCUAAAGAUGCUUCCAAUAGAGGCGAAUUAGAAGAAAUGUUGAGACAAGGUGAAAGAUUAAGAGCAAAACAAUUAGGUUACGAAGAUGGUGACCAAAGUGAUGGAGGAGCUUCCGAUAUCGAAAAAGAAUACGAAAAAGAUGACGAUCAUGAAGAACGUGAUGAUGUAAAAAGACAUAAAUUAGGUAAAGGGGUCCUUGCGAUGGACUUUAUGAAAGCAGCCGAAGCAAAACAAAGAGAAGAAAAUAUGAAAGAAAUUGAAAACUUACGUAAGUUGGAGAAUGGUGAAGAUAUUGAUGAAUUUUCCAAUGGGAACACCAGCGUUGGCCAACGUAAGAAUCAAGGGAGAAGAGUUUAUGGUGGUGAUUCUGCUGAAAUGAAGGCUGAAAUGGAUGCACUUGAUCAACACACUAGAAAUGAAAUAAAACUUGAUAAUGCUAAGAGCUUAGACAAAAAAUUGAGUAAAAAAUAUACCGUUGCAGGUGAUGUUGAAGUUGUCUCUAGUAAUGAUUCAGAUGUCGAAGACGAUAGCAGCUCCAAACAAGAUAACAAUAGUAAUGAUGAUGAACUGAAUCCUUGGAUAACUGCAUCCAAUGAACCAACUCAGAAAUCAUCCAAAAUUCAUGCAAUUGAUAAAGAUUCUUCCCGUCUCAGUAAAUCAGCUGCAAAAAUAUCCAAACAUAGUAAGAAGAGAAGUGCCGCAGACCGAGAACGUGAAGACGAUAACAUCAUCAGUUUAGAAGAAACGUUGCAUGUUAACAAGGGAGGUGUGAAUGAUAGCGAUUCAGACGUUGAUGACGACGAAGCCAACAAUGGCGAAAUUAGAAUGUUCCAACAAAAAAAUCUUAUUAAAGAAGCGUUUGCAGGUGAUGACGUAGUUCAAGAGUUUGAAAAUGAAAAGAAACAUGUCAUUGAAGAUGAAGGUGAUAAAGAAGAAGAUGUUACUUUACCUGGUUGGGGUGACUGGGCAGGUGAAGGAAUUAAAAAGAGGAAGAAGAAUAAAUUUGUUCGUAAAAUUGAUGGUGUUGUUCAAGAGAACCGUAGAAAAGAUAAAGAUAAAGAAGAUGUCAUAAUCAACGAAAAGGUCAAUAAGAAAAAUUUGAAAUAUCAAAGUGGUGCUGUUCCUUAUCCAUUUGAAACAAGAGAACAAUAUGAACGUUCAUUGCGUAUGCCAAUUGGCCAACAAUGGACUUCGAAAGAAACCCAUCAAAGGAUGUCUAUGCCUAGGGUCAUUACUAAACAAGGUACAGUUAUUGAUCCAUUAAAGGCACCCUUUAAA